AUGGCUUUAGUCCCUAGUUGCCAAUUAUACAUUGAUUCUUUUCAAAGCUCCUUCUCCAAAUUCCAUGGCACUCCUCUCCAAUUCUUCAGGUGCAAUUCAUCUUUUCCUCUCAAAUCACACUCUGGUUAUGCAUAUUCAAUCACUAACAAAAACACACCAAGGAAAUCGACUUCUUUAGCCACCGACAAAUCCAAGACCAUAAAUUUAUAUACUAGCAGCAGUUGGUUUUUUAAUUGGAAUAAACCCAACAAGCAAACCCUACCAAGGUCUCCUCAAGCUGUGUUUGAUUAUCGAAGCAAUAACAGUGACAGUAGCGGUGGUGGUAGUGGUAGUGGCAGUACAAUGGAGAAAAUAGUGGAGAAAUUGAAGAAACAUGGGUACAUGGAUGGUGAUGUUAAUGAGAAUAAAGAGAGAAUGCAAGAAAGAGUAAUAGAGAAAGGUAGUGUUGAGGAUAUAUUUUAUGUAGAAGAAGGAAUGUUGCCGAAUGCACGAGGUGGGUUUUCUAAAGAAUCACCUUUAGGAGUAGAGGAUGUGUUUAAGAGUGAUGGGCAGGUGAGGUUUCCGUGGGAGAAGCCAAAAAGGGAGGAGGAUGAGGGGAAGUGGACGGCAAGGAGUAAGAGUAGGACAUCAUUGGCGGAGCUGACAUUGCCAGAAUCUGAAUCGAGGAGGUUGAGGAACUUAACAUAUGGAACGAAGAGCAAGACUAGGGUUGGGGGCAGGGGGGUUACUCAGGAAGUGGUUGAUGCUAUUCAUGAGAAGUGGAAGACUUCGGAGAUUGCGAGAGUGAAAGUUGAGGGUGCACCCGCACUUAAUAUGAAGAGGAUGCACGAGAUAUUGGAGAAAAAAACUGGGGGCUUGGUGAUUUGGAGGUCAGGAGCUACUGUAUCUUUAUAUAGAGGCGUGAGCUAUGAGGAUCCUUCUUUGCAACUGAAAAAAAGGAUAUUCAAGAAAAGGGAAACAUCUUCCAAUUCCUUACCAGCAGCUACUGGCAUAACAAUUGGAAGUCCUUCCAAAAGUUCUCCUUAUAGUGAAAUACCUGGACCUCAACCAAACACAGAAAUUACUGCAGAGGCUGCAGAUAAGAAAGGGACAGAAACACGGAUGGAAGUAAAAUAUGAAGAUGAAGUAGACAAGUUGUUGGACGGUCUGGGCCCCAGGUACACAGAUUGGCCAGGACUUGAUCCGCUACCUGUGGAUGCAGAUAUGCUUCCUGGGGUUGUUCCCGGUUACCAACCUCCAUUCAGGAUACUUCCUUAUGGAGUAAGACCUACUCUUGGACGACAGGAUUCAACGUCCUUACGAAGGCUUGCCAGGUUCCUUCCUCCUCACUUUGCGUUAGGCAGAAGCAGGCAGCUCCAGGGCUUGGCUGUGGCCAUCAUUAAACUAUGGGAAAAGAGUUCAAUUGCAAAGGUUGCACUUAAACGUGGUGUACAGCUGACUACUAGUGAAAGAAUGGCUGAAGAUAUUAAGAAAUUGACAGGGGGCAUGCUGCUAUCUAGAAAUAAGGAUUUCUUGGUUUUCUAUAGGGGAAAGGAUUUUUUGUCGCCAGAGGUCACUGAAGCAUUGCUGGAAAAAGAGAGAUUGGCAAAGUCCCUACAAGAUGAAGAGGAGCAAGCACGGUUAAGAGCAUCUGCCCUGGUUAUACCAAGUGACGAAAUAAUGGAGGAACCUGGAACUGCUGGCAGCCUCGAGGAAACUUUGGAUGCAGAUGCGAAGUGGGGAAAGAGGUUAGAUGAUUGUCAUAAGGAAAAAAUUAUGAGGGAAGCUGAAAGAAUAAGGCAUGCCAACAUUGUCAGAAGGCUUGAAAAGAAGCUUGCUUUUGCUCAAAGAAAGCUAAGAAGAGCCGAAAGAGCCUUAAACAAGGUGGAAGGAUUCUUAAAGCCAACAGAAAGGCAGGCAGACCCAGAAAGCAUAACUGACGAGGAGAGAUUUAUGUUUCGCAAGCUUGGUUUGAGGAUGAAAGCUUUCUUACUUUUGGGUAGGCGUGGAGUUUUUGAUGGUACAGUGGAGAACAUGCACUUGCACUGGAAGUACCGUGAAUUGGUUAAGAUCAUUUUGAAAGCUAAAAGUUUUGAACAGGUCAAAAAGUUUGCUUUGGCUCUUGAAGCUGAGAGUGGAGGGGUCUUGGUUUCAGUGGACAAGAUCUCCAAAGGAUAUGCUAUAAUUGUAUACCGAGGAAAAGACUAUCAACGCCCUUCCACAUUGAGGCCAAAGAAUCUCUUGACAAAGAGGAAAGCGUUGGCCCGUUCAAUAGAAAUUCAAAGGAGUGAGACACCAAUCACCUUGGCUGACAGUUCUUAUUAUACUGUUGAACAGGCUCUGCAAAAUCAUGUUUCAGCUCUGCAAAUUAAAGUGGAGAAAAUAAGAUCUGAAAUCGAGCAAAUGGGCAUUGUGAAAGACAAAGGAGAUGAGGAGUUGUAUGACAGAUUAGAUUCUGCUUAUCCUACAGAGGAUGAUGCAGAUGAUACAGAGGACGAAGGAGAUGAAACAUACAACAGUGAAAAUGAUGUUGAUUAUGAUGAUGAAAUUGACAACAGAGUUCAAAAUGCCCAUCUGGAACCGAAUCUUCGUAACAAUGUUCAGAUACAAGAGUCUGAAAGAGAACUCGAGGACCACUACGGAGAUGAAGUAUAUCUUGGGAGGUAUGACAGCGAAAGUGAUGGGGAUGGAGAUGAUUUUGAAAGAGAGCAUAACAUGGGAGAGAAACCAGCUGUUGCGCAAAAGGGAACAGUCAGUGCUCUAUUAUUGGCUUAA